AUGUCCGAACUCGUUCAAGAGGGAAAUAUCUUUAUUCUCUCCAUUCCCAUAUCCUUUAUGAUUCCAAGAGUUGAAGAAAUCCACAAGCUUCUCGACAUCGUAGAGAAUCAUGAAGGACCAACAGCUUUAAUUAUAACCUCAAAACACCAUAAAAUUUUUUCAGCUGGAAUGGACCUUAAAUACAUGCAAAAGCAUGGUGCUUGAACAGGCCUUUCAAUAUUUUCUGCACUUAUGGGACUUUAUGGAAGGCUUUUAUCCUUUAAAGUGCCUACAAUAGCAGCACUGAAUGGGCAUACGAUAGCUGGGGGUUUAAUUUUCGCACUUUCAGUAGACUAUAGAAUUAUGGCGAGAGGCAAAUUCACUAUAAAAAUGACUGAAUUAGGCUUAGGAGCAGUUAUUCCUAGAGGUGGGAAUGUGGUGCUGUCUACAAAGUUAACUCCCUCAGUGCAUAGAGAUCUUGUAUUAAGGUGUAAAGAAUAUUCAUGUGAGGAAGCUUUAGCGAACAAUAUUGUUGAUGAGCUUGUUGAAUCUCAAGAUUUAAUGAUAAGAGCUAGAGAAUUAGCAAAUGAAUUGGCAAGCUUAGGAGAGAAAAAAGAUGUUUAUAUAUGCGUUAAAAAGAGCAUGUAUUAUGAUACAAUUGAUAUAAACUUAAAAGCAGAAAUUAAGAAAAUUGAAUGGAAAAUAAUGGGUAAAGAAGAGUCUAAACUUUAA